AUGCUUCUUAUUGAGAGAGGGGCAGAGGAAGAUAUCAACCCCCGGGACCAGGAUAAGGAGACACCUCUCUAUCUUGCUUGUGAAGGUGGUCAUAUUGGGGUGGUACGCCUAUUACUUGAUAAAGGGGCAGACAUUCAUUAUCAGAACCAAUUUGGAUGGACACCGUUACAAGUCGCCUCGCAUAAAGGGUUUUCAGACAUUGUUCUGCUUCUUAUCGAGAGAGGGGCAGAGGCAGAUAUCAACCUCCCGGACCGGGUUGGGGGGACGUCUCUCUAUAACGCUUGCUACAGUGGCCGCGUUGAAGUUGUCGAAAGUCUUGUUGCAAAGCGAGCAGACCUUGAAUAUGCGAAUGAAAGUGGCUUGACACCGCUAAUUAUCGCUUCUAUAAAUGGUUUUUUCGACGUCGUUACUGUACUGCUCGAGAAUGGGACAGCCAUUGAUAGCGUGAAUUAUAAGGGCAGGACGCCCCUACAUGCAGCUUCUUGGGGUGGCUCUCUGAAUGUCACUAAUUUGCUCCUCGAGAAGGGGGCAAACAUUGCCAAUGUGGACGGAGGUGGUCUCACAUCUUUACAUCAUGCUUCAUUGAAUGGCUCCAUUGAAGUUGUCAGUUUUUUGCUCGAGAAAGGGGCAGCUCUCAAAAGCGUGGUGAAAGGUGGUUCCACACCUUUACAUUCUGCUUCAUUGACCGACUUGUUAGACGUCGUCAAUCUGUUACUCGACAAAGGAGCGGCAAUCGAAAGUGUAGAUGUCCAUCUGGGGACCCCAUUACACACAGCUUCAGCUUCUGGCCAUAUGGACGUUGUGAAUCUGCUGCUAGAGAGGGGCGCGGCCAUCGAGAGCGGGAAUUUUGAUGAUAGGACACUCUUACGUUAUGUGUCCCCACAUGGCCAACUAGGAGUCAUCAAUAAUUUCCUUCGGUUUGGAAACCUCAGGAUUGACAUUCAGAUUGAAAGAGGCUGCACGCCGCUGUUCUAUGUUGUUGCACGAGGUCCCAACCAAGUGGUGAAGCUUAUUCUUCUUCCCCCCUCCCUGUAA